UCCACACACACAUAAUGCUAGCCCACUAUCUGACCACAGAGUGAGCUCAGUGAAUUGUGGAAAGCAUAUUGUUUCUCCACAUCUCUCCCUCUCUCUUUCACUCUUCCACAGGGGAUCCUAAAAGACUGGACUAUUUCUUCUUUGGAUAUCCUCCUCCUGCUUUGGGAUUUAACUGAGAGUAGAGCAAGCUUUCUUUCUUUUUCUUUCCUGAAAUGUUUUAUCUUCUGGGGAUUACCACAGAAAUACCUCCUGUGUGCGUUUGAGCGUGAGUGUGUGUGAGUGUGUGUGCCCUGUGCCAUGCCCACCCCUGGUCGUUUUGGGACUAACGGCAGUGGAUCAGCAUGAAGGGGGGUCACCAUCAGCGGGGGUGCGGGUGUCAACACCUGUUCCGAAAAGUACUGGCUAAGUGUGGCUGCUGCUACGCCCGAGUUCGAGAGUCGUACUCUGUGGCCGGCAGUGAGGGCAGCAUCACUCCAUCCGUAGGCUCUGUGGCCAACCAGGCCUCUGGCAUCUCCAGCCCCUGCUCGGCCUCCUCCCCUGGGGAGUCACGGCACUCCGUCAGUGCCCUGAAGAAGUGGCUCACCAACCCUGUCCGCAAGCUGAGCGUGGGGGGAGGAGGAGGAGUGAAAGGAGGAGGGGGAUACAAGGAGGACAGGCAGGUCCACAGGCUGGAUGGGAAGCAUCCCUCUCCCCUCCUCCCUAACGGCCAAGCCCUUGGAAGGCCUCUGGAGCAGGGGGAGAACUACACAAUCCUCCCCUGCACUGAUGUGGACUUGGGGAAUGAUGGCCUGGUGAGUCCAGCGACGUACUCUCCAACACACCCUCUCUGUCACAGCUACCUAUCUGACCUACUACAGGACAGGGAUACACACAGUCUGAACCAUCAUUAUUCCACUAUUCUCCCAGAAGAAGAAGAUGGCUCCUCCCUGAUUGAUGACUCGACCAGCCAAUGGUCAGCCACCAUGGACAGUGAGGAGGACAGGAGGAGUGCCUUAGAGAAGAGCAUAUAUGUGCUGACAGAGCUGAUAGAGACAGAGAAGUUGUAUGUGGACGACCUGGGCCUCAUAGUAGAGGGCUACAUGGCCAGCAUGGCCACUCAAGGGAUUCCAGAGGACUUGAAGGGCAAAGACAAGAUAGUGUUCGGGAACAUCCACCAGAUCUAUGACUGGCAUAAAGACUAUCUCCUGGGGGAGCUGGAGAAGUGUGUGUCAGAGCCCGACAGACUGGCCCAACUCUUCAUCAAGCAUGAGCGGCGUCUCCACAUGUACGUAGUGUACUGUCAGAACAAGCCCAAGUCAGAGCACAUUGUCUCAGAGUAUAUGGAGACCUACUUCGAGGAGCUGAGGCAGCAGCUGGGCCACAGACUACAACUCAACGACCUGCUCAUCAAACCAGUACAGAGGAUCAUGAAAUAUCAACUACUGCUCAAGGACUUCCUGAAGUACUACACCAAAGCAGGAAGGGAUACCUCAGAGCUGGAGAGAGCGGUGGAGGUGACGUGUUUCGUGCCCAAGCGCUGUAAUGAUAUGAUGAAUGUGGGCAGGCUGCAGGGCUUUGAGGGGAAGAUCACAGCCCAGGGGAAGCUGCUCCAGCAGGACACCUUUACAGUCAGUGAGCAGGACAGCAGCUUCCUGUCCCGCGCCAAGGAGAGGCGUGUCUUCCUGUUUGAACAGCUGGUCAUUAUCAGUGAGCCAAUCGACAGGAAAAAGGGCUUCUCUCUGCCAGGGUACACCUUUAAAAACAGCAUCAAGCUCAGUUGUCUGGGUGUGGAGGACCACUCUGAAGAGGACCCAUGUCGUCUGGUCCUGACGUCCCGCGGGCCUGAUGGGAGCGUGACACGCUUCGUCCUACAGGCAUCGUCCCCUGAGACGCGAAGGGCCUGGGUCAACGACGUGGUCCAGAUCCUGGAGACACAGAGGAACUUCCUCAACGCUCUCCAGUCUCCCAUAGAGUACCAGCGAAGGGAGUCCAACAGCCUGGGACGAGCCAUGAGGGCACCCGUGGCAACGACCUCUGGCCUGCGACCCCACUCCUCGGCCUCCAUUGACCGCCACCGGCUACCUUACCUGCACUCCUACAACACCUCUCUGCCCUCCCUGCACCUGCCCAGCCAGGGACCCACUGCAGACACACAGUCCCCACUGUACCUUAGCCCUGCAACACCCCGUCCCUCUCACCUCCCUCUGAAGCUCACCUUGUCCCAAGAGGUCAGGCACUGCCAGGGGGUGUCCAACGGCCUGUGCCCCCCUACCCAGCACAGCUUACAGGGUGGUACUGUCUGUUACCAUGGAGCCAUGCCGGGGGAGGGAGGGACUUACGCAUCGCAUCGCUCAGGCAACCUGGAUCAGCUAACUGAACUCUCUCUGCAUGAGCAUGAGUGCUGAUAACCUUUGACUUCACAGCCUGAAUGAAGGGGUGUAGGGUGAAGUUGCCCCUAGACGCUGAUCUUAGGUCAGUUUAGAAUUUCCCCCAGGUUAGGUUUGGGGGAUGAGGAAGCUGAUCCUAGAUCUGUACCUAGUGUAACCUUCACUCUCUAGCGAAUGAGGGGCAGGCUGAUAGAGCCCUGGUUAACCUGGUUCCACUCAGGACAGGCAGGGGGCCUGGGGCGGGGUUAGUUCAGACAGUUUCACUAUCACAACUCUUGUGAUUGCCCUAAUAACAUUAUAUUAUAAUUACUAUGGUAUCUCUAGCUUCUAAUUAUGAUUUUUUUGUUGGUAUUUCUGUCAUAUUACAUUUUCUACUAUUUUGAAACCUGUACUUACUAUUGUGAUGCGAGAAGUGAAGCAGGAAUGCAGCCCUCUGGUGUUUGUGAGAGAAAAGGAAAAGUAGCCAAUGGUGUCUCUCUCUCUCUCUCUGUGUGUGUGUGUGUGUGUGUGUGUGUGUGUGUGUGUGUGUGUGUGUGUGUGUGUGUGUGUGUGUGUGUGUGUGUGUGUGUGUGCGCAACGGUUGCUAUUCACACUGCAAACCGUUUCUACAGUACAGUACCACUCAUAUGGUGACACGCUUAACACCAUUUGUUUUCGUAUAGAAAUAGACAUUUGGGAACUACCACUUAAGCCGCCAGCCCUUUCAUGUUGCUUUUUCUUAAACACGGGGACCAUAUUAACAUUAUGCUACUGCUACAUGUGACAGAUUUGAUCACUUUGCACAACAAGGAAAGUAAAACAGCAGUGGGGAGGUAAUGCCAUAUCUAUUCUCUGUCCCUCUUCCUAAAUAGCUAUCCUCCUAUUCUGAAUUCAUCCUCACCACCAUUUCAUAAAGCAGCCUUUGGGCCAAGAGUGUUGACAUUGUGGGCUGGAGAACUAUUUGAGCUUGAUUUGGACUGAAUUUGUCCAGGGCUUGAGCAGUCAUGAUUGUCUACUCUAUCCAUUAUUACUGUGUUGCUCGGUUUGCAUACUUUUCCCUUCAUUUAAGGGGCCACUUUAACCCUGCCAUUGUUCCAACGUUAUCUGAAGAAAACACACGUAAACUCAUACAAAGCCCACUCCAAACUCUGAAGGAGAGAGGAAAAGGGGACACCGAUAGAGGGCGUGCUCAUCUGUCAGUGUUAUCAUGAAUGUAAAUAAUCUGCUGUGAGAUCAUAUCAAUAAACAACGUUUAUGAAACACUGCUGCUGUUUCUCCCCCCA